AUGGGGACCAGAGUCAAGAGACGUCGUUUGACCGAUAAUGAUUUACAACCUGACGAGAUCUGUCAGCCCGCUUCCAGCUCAGAGAAAGAUAGUUGGAAUGGGUUCUGCGAGAUUGAAUCGGAGCCGGCUUUGUUCAAUGUCAUGCUGCGAGAUUUUGGCGUCAAAGGCGUCAAAGUUCAGGAAGUGGUUUCCCUCGACGAAGAGAUGAUGGCCUUCCUCAGCAAUCCGGUAUAUGGCUUGAUAUUCCUAUUCCGUUGGCGUCAGGACACCGAUGGAAAGCAAGAAGCGACUUGUCCAGACGGACUCUGGUUCGCAAACCAAACAGCCAACAAUGCAUGUGCCAGUGUGGCACUGCUCAAUAUUGUGAAUAAUAUCCCCGGUGUUGACCUUGGUGAACAUCUUCGGGCAUUCAAGGAAUUUACUAUGCCAUUCACUCCAGCCCUGCGUGGGGACGCAAUCAACAACUUCGACUUUGUUAAGAGGAUACACAACUCAUAUGCGAGGAAAAUGGACAUCCUCAAUUCAGACUUCCAGCUAAAGACGGAGGCCACCACCCGCAAGAGGGGCCCCAAAGGCCAUGAAGACGAUGAAUCAGAUACCGCCUUCCAUUUUAUUGCAUUUAUGCCCGCCAUGGGCCAGCUUUGGAAAUUCGAUGGGUUGGAGCGACAACCUCGGGCACUUGGUCAAUGUUCCGACGAGGACUGGCUCCAACUGGUCAGGCCCAAUCUUCUAGACCGAAUGGCUGCAUAUGAGGAAGAUGAAAUCGAGUUCUCCAUCCUGGGACUUGUACAUGACCCUCUCCCUGAUCUUGUCACCGAGCUUGCUGUCAACGUGAAGAGUCUCGAGGUUCUCAACGAACGUGCCAGUAGCCUUGGGUCAUUACCCGAAGCACUUGCCUUGGAUGACACCGUGCUCGGGCCUGACGAUUCCCUGACCCUGACCCGAGAGGCUAUUGAUGCGGUGGUCAUUCCCGCGGAGAUCCUCCAGGAAUACCACACGUGCUCCGAAAGUCAGUUACUACAGCAUCAGCAGACCCAAUCCCAAAAUCAGCGGGGACUGCGAUCACGGAUUCGUGAAGAACAGCAGUCCCAUCGGUCGGAUGAUGAAUAUGCGGCCGGGCGUCGAUAUGAUUACAGCCCGGCGAUUCGCUGGUGGCUACGGCUCUUGGCGCGGAAACAAGAGCUGCAGGAGUUGUCCGCCCUCGUGGCCGAGUGA